CCAUGCUACCCAAUCACUCCAUCUAUCUCUCCUCAUCAUCAUCUUCUUCUUCUCCUAGGCUUAAUUUCUUUUCCCAAGAAAUCAGCCAUGGCUGCACCACCACCAAAAGGAAACGAAAGCCUGCUGGAACUCCAGAUCCUAAUGCUCAAGUCAUAUAUCUCUCCCCUGAGAAGUUACUGGAAUCGGACCGGUACGUGUGCGAGACGUGCAACAUGAGCUUCCACCGGGAGCAGAAUCUGCAGAUGCACCGGCGGCGGCACAAGGUGCCGUGGCAGCCGCAGAAGGCGGCGGCGAGGAGUACGGGUGAGGGGUGUUCGCCACCGCAAGAGGCGGCGCGUAAGCGGGUGUACGUUUGCCCGGAGCCGAGCUGCGUUCACCACGACCCGAGCCAUGCGCUUGGGGACUUGGUGGGGAUAAAAAAACACUUUCGGCGUAAACACUGUGACCACAAAGAAUGGGUUUGCGAUAAGUGCGGUAAAGCCUACGCCGUUCUCUCCGACUACAAAGCUCACCUCAAAACCUGCGGCACAAAAGGCCAUUCCUGCGACUGCGGUCGCGUCUUUUCUAGGGUUGAAACUUUUAUUGAGCAUCAAGAUUCAUGCAAGCCCAAGAGUUUCAGAAGAGAAAGAGAAACUCCAAGCAAAUCAGCCAUCAACUUGAAUUUGAUGAGUUUAGAGCCAAGAAUCCACAGAACUACUGCAGAUUUCCAUCAAUAUGGCAACAAUAAUAACAAUAUGAUGAUCAUCAAUACUUUCUCUCACCAUCAGAAGCUUGAAGAACUGGAGUUAUUUCCACCUUCAAACUCAUCAAAAUCCGCCAUGAUUGAAGACGAAGAGGACGCGUCGUUAGAGGCACUGAGACUGAAGUUUGAGGCGGAGGAGAUGAUGAAAGUGGCGAGGGAGAAUAAGGCCAUGGCUGAAGAGAGGAGAAAAGAAGCGAAGUAUUUGAUUGAACUGGCGAAUCAAGAAAUGGCUAAGGCCAGGAGGAUCAGAGAACAAGUUUGGUUGGCUGAUCUCACCACCUCUCAUCUCCUCACAGAUCACUGCUCCACAUCAUCUUCAUCAUCAGCCCAAAUAAGAUGCAAUUCUUGCGCCAAACAACUUCAAUAAUCUCCUUAUUCUAUGUUUUUCAGCUAGCAUUAUAUAUUUAAGGUGAAUAUGGGUGCAAGAACAGUACCUACGUGUAAUGUUUUUUUUUUUUUUUUUUGGUUGCAUAUUUUGUGAAUCAAUUAAGGCUGUCUUUUCUUAGACAUAGUCAUGUUGGUUUUCCUGUUCUAGGGAUCUGCAGGCUUCGCUUGCUUUUCUUCCCUACUAUAUACAUGCAGGUACCCUAAUUUAUCCCUUUCUGGAA